UACUGAACAUGUUGGUAUCACUUGUGUGGAGUUUCCCGUAUCGAUGUGGAUCUGGCAACUAUUUUCAAGGACCAUGCAUAACUCCUCUGGAGAAAAAACCUGAAUGUUCAGAGAUUAUGUUGUCCUCCUGUGAUCAACUGUCCUACUCCGAGACCAUGUACCCCAACAUUCUAAAACACGAAAGUCGCGCAGAAGUGGAAAUCAGUACAGAGUAUCUACUUCUGAGUGUAAUUGAUUCUCUGUUGAAUGGGGAGUGCACCCUAGAUAUUCAAAUAUUGGGCUGCUCCAUUAUAGCACCGCGCUGCGAGAACCACAAGAUCCUGAGGCCAUGUCGCAGCUCCUGUGAGUCUGUGCACAGAGCAUGUGCCCAUGUGUUUGAGCGCAUUGACAUGGCCUGGCCCUACUUCUUAGACUGUGACCGCUUCUUUGUCAGUGAGGAGGAAGGCUGCUAUGACCCACUGGAAGAUGUAAGAGGUAAUAUUUAAUAAAGAUGUAUGCUUUCCAUAAAGUAUCCCCCAACGAUAAAUCAGUUAAUCUAUCACUCCAAUUCACAAAUGUACAACGUCCUAAAGAAGACAGCUGAGGAAUGCUCCCACAUUUCCAGGACAUACAGCAUUGGACAAAGUGUGGAAAACAGGGAUCUGAUGGUUAUUGAAUUUUCAAGCAACCCUGGAGAACAUGAGCUCUUGGAACCAGAGGUCAAGUACAUUGGGAACAUGCAUGGGAAUGAGGCCAUGGGACGAGAGCUGCUGAUUUACUUGGCUCAGUACCUGUGCUCAGAGUAUCUUCUGGGAAAUGAGAGGAUCCAGACACUUAUCAACACCACACGCAUCCACAUCCUGCCAUCCAUGAACCCUGAUGGCUAUGAAAUAGCAUAUUUUGAUGAUCCAAGACACAGUGGGUACAUAGGUGGACGUAACAAUGCUCAGAAUAUAGACCUUAACAGAAACUUCCCUGACUUGACUUCCAUUUUUUAUAACUGGCGCAGACUCAAGCAAUUUCGCAUUGAUCACAUUCCAAUCCCAGACAUCUACUGGUAUGGUAAGGUUGCUCCAGAGACAUAUGCUGUUAUGAAGUGGAUAAGGUCUAUUCCUUUUGUGCUGUCAGCUAACUUUCAUGGGGGAGAUCUGGUGGUGUCUUAUCCUUAUGACCAUUCACAGCACCAUCUAGGAAAAAACAUGUUUUCUCCCACUCCCGAUGAAAAGAUAUUCAAGCAGUUAUCCAGAACAUAUGCAGACUACCAUGCCACUAUGUCCAGCCAGAAUAACUACGGGUGUGGGGGAAACUUUGUUGAUAAAGGGAGCAUUGUGAAUGGGGCUGAAUGGUACAGCAUAACAGGAGGUAUGGCAGACUUUAAUUACCUCCACACAAACUGUUUUGAGAUAACGGUUGAGCUGGGCUGUGAGAAAUUCCCAGCAGAGGAGAAUCUAUUUACAGGCUGGCAAGAAAAUAAAGAGGCCCUCUUGAGUUUAAUGGAGUCGGUGCACAGAGGAAUUAAAGGUAUAGUAAAAGAUGAGAAUGGACAUGGCAUUAAAGGAGCCACUGUAUCAGUUGUUGGGAUCAGGCGUGACAUUACAACAGCUGAAAAUGGCGAUUAUUGGAGACUGCUGACACCUGGCGUCCACAUUGUAAGUGCCUCAGCAUCAGGCUAUAGCAGAGCCGUGAAGAGGGUCCACCUCCCUGCCCACAUGCAGACACCUGGUAGGGUGGACUUUGUCCUUAAAAAAGUUCCUAAGGAGGCGGACACUGAAAACUUUAACAUCUUGUCCAUUGGCAAUUAUGAACGUUUUGACCCAUAUAACAGAGUGGAACGCUAUUAUACUAAGGAAUCUAGGCAGAGAGACGAGGCAACGCUGAGAAGCCCUAGUGAGAAGCCCUGGUGGUGGUCCUACUUUACCCAGUUUAAUAACCAAAACCCGCUUUGGCUUCUUAGGAAUUAGCUUCAUCUAGUGCUGUGGCAUCACAUUCUGACUCAGAGUGUAUUGUGCAUUUUACUCUUUUCAACAACUAUGUAAAUUUAACUAUGUAAAAAUAGCACACACCUACAGUAUAGUAGGGUGCAACAGCUGGUAAAGUGGUCUUGAAGACUGGGUUUAAACUUUGCCUCUGGUCACUAUCUGCAAGCAGUUUUGCAUGUUUUCCCUGUGUCCAUGUGAGUUUGCUCAGGGUAAUCAAGGUUUCUCACAUCUUUAAAAGCAAGCUAAAUGUUGAAUGGCUGUUCUAAAUUGACCCUUCAUGUAAGUAAGUGAGUUGAAAGUGUAGUGUGUUUUUCUGUGAUGUAAUCAGUCUGAUUUUCAAAAAUGUUUACAUCUUAAUUUAUAAAAUGAUACAUAUAAACCAUACUAGAGGUUUAUAUAAACUCUACAUACAGUGGAUAAGGCCAAACAUAGAGUGAUCUAUAAAGCAAUGUACUUCUAUAUGCAUCUAAACUAGAAAAUACAGUAAUUAAUAUGACUUUAAUAAAAUAUCAUUAAGCAGGCCUUCAUUUUGUUGUGUCUAAAUAUACACUGCAGUAUUAUUGUUACACUAAAAUGUCCAGCAUACGUGAAAAGAGAAUUAAUAACUGAAACUGCUUCUAGCAUCUGAGGUCCUGGCUCCAUCUAGUGAUCUGACACCACCUACACAUCCUAUGUGUGUACUGUGGACAUAAAAUUGUAUGAUACAGCAAUGUAUGGGAACUGGGUUUCUAAGCACAUUCUGCUGUCAAAAACAACCUAUUAAUUCACCAUAUACUCAUCAAUAA